AUGGAAGACCAACACCCUUCAGCAAAUAACACCAGAGAUACCGAAGGUGAAGGUGAAGAUCAGUAUUCUCCUCGAAUGCAUAGAGUGCCCGAACUUGUGCGUUUUAAUAAACACAACGAAGAGGAUUACUACGCUCCUAAGAUGGUUUCCUUUGGGCCUUAUUACCAUGGCUUGAAAGAAUUUGGCAUGGCAGAAAAAUUUGAGCAUGAAGUCCUUAAAAUGUUUGUUUCAAGCAGCGGCAAAAGCAAAGAAUCCUGCCACUGCCAGAUCUUUAAAGUGAUCGACAAGAUUAGAAAUUGUUACGUUGGGGUUUCUAGAGAUGCAUAUGAUGAUAGAACGCUAGCUGAAAUGAUUCUUCUAGAUGCAUCUUUCGCUAUAUAUCUUAUGAAGAUUUCUGCAGGAGAUUUUAAAAAAUAUUACCACUUCUGUCAACAUCUUGGAAGGGCUUUAUUGAAAUUUGCCUUCCAGGAUUUGUGUUUACUCGACAAUCAAAUUCCACUCUGGGUUAUUGAGCUCUUGACUAAUUUAAUAUAUGGAAACGAAGAAGAAGGACCAAUGUUAAUUUCUGAGUUCUUAUCUUACUAUGCCUUGCAGAGUAACUUCACAAUAAGUAUUACAGGAGAAGAUAAAAAGAAACCGCUUCACCUUGUGGCUGCUCUUCAUCAACUACUUGUCGAACUGGAUAAUGAAGGAGAAAAGCCUAGUUCAUACUGUUUGAAGAAUAUUAAUUUCAAAUUCAAAUGUCUAUGGUGGCCAUGGAAGAACGAAAAUCCAUAUGCAUUAUGGGUUCACGAUGCCCAACCUCGUCCAGUCACCGAUCUCAAAGCAAAAGGCAUCCACUUCAAACGUAGUUCAUACGACUUGAAGAAUAUUAAGUUCAGAUCCUACAAAUUUUAUGGGCAACUUCAACUCCCCGUUUGGCAUGUCGAUGCCGUUUCCAAACAACUCCAUACACAGUUGAUUGCGUAUGAAGCGCUUCAAGAAAGCAACGUGGGCAUGCCUAUAAUAUGUAAUGUUAAUUUCUUGAAAUCGCUAAUUGUUAAAUCUGAAGAUGUGAAGGAACUGCGAGAAAAGAAGAUACUCAUCAACGGUUUUGACAAUGAUGAACAAGUUGUUGAAGUAAUCAAAGGGAUUAAUACCUGGGGACUUCAUGAUACCACUAAUGUUGAUGAUGUGAGGGUGUGUAUUGAGAAGCACUGCAGCAGCAAGGCAAAAACAUGGAUUGCUGAAUUAAUUAAUACUUAUUUUCGUAGUCCGUGGACUUUUACUGCUUUAGUUGCUGCCAAUCUUUUUCUUUGCUUAACUUUUCUCCAAACCUAUUACACAAUGAAUCUUCCCAAAUAAAGGUGUGUGCCAAAUUCUGUUCUUCAAGUUUUAG